AUAUUCUCCUCCAAAAGAAGAUGUUGCUGUUUUAGAUCUUCAAUCAACUCUUACUCGAGCCAUAACUUCAUCACCUGUUUUACUUGUACUUGCUCGUGAUAUUUGUUUUUCAUCUUCUAUUCGAGCAACAGGUGUUUUAUCAUGUGUCGGAGAAAUUAAAUCAGCAUGGAUUGAGUAUCGUCUAAACAGAAAAAUACCAUUAAAUACAGCUGAAGAAACAAAAUUAAAUUCUGAUAACAUUGUAGCAAACGCAAAAAAGGCAUUUUCCAAUGUUAAAAUCCAAUUGAAUAAUCAUAUACUUAGUCUAGAAGGUUCAGCAGGUUCUGUUCUUGAUGCUGAACUGGACAUUUUACAACAGUUAGUUGUUGAAAUGAAAUUUAGUUUAUCAAAUGAAUAUGCACCAACUGCAAAAGCUGAUUAUGAACGUAUGCAACGAAAUCUUGAGGGUGUUUCAAAAAUGCCUUCGAUAUUUAAUCCAAUGAAAUGGCGUUGGGAAGCCGAACAUCAAGUUAAAAUAACUGUUAAUAAUAAUAGAACAAAUAAUGAAUGUGAAAUAAUAAUUGAAGGACGAGAUUCACAAAUUCAAUAUGUAUACAAUGAAUUUCGAUCAUUUUUGGGCUGGUUAAGAAAUUGUGCUGUUGUUCGACAUCCUAAUGCAGGUAAGAAAAAAAGAUUAGCAGAGUCCCUUUAAGGCUAAAAUGUGAAACGCACAUGUAUUCUUUAGUCUUAUUUUACUAAUAGAAUAUGCGAUAAGUGAAAAAUCUCUAGCAGACUAUAGUUUUUUUCCAAGGCUAAUCGAUAACCAAUAAAGCGUCAAGUCUUUGUUUGGUUCUGCCUCUCGAAGAGAAACUUUUUCUAUUUUUCACUGAUGCUUAAUUUUUUGUUUGCUGUGUUGCCAUUCGCUCCUUGUCUUUCAUUUUCGUACUUCGCUUUGCUUAGUUUAAUAUUAUUGUGACUGUAGCCAUCAAUUUAGUUGGCAAAUAAGUCUGUUGUACAUAGCUAUUAUAUCUACGGUAGGGCUCAACGCACGAUUAUACAGUACGCGCCAAUUGAUUUUUCUCCCCUUUUUUUGUGGUUUUUAUCACGAGGGUUCUUUUAUUUUUCAAUACCAAAUAUAUAGGAAGAAAGCCCCAAACUCGCUGCAUUUUGUGAUAUAGUAGCAUUGAUUAAGAAAUGCACUUUAAAGUAUGAAAAGGGUAUCAAAGGAAAAAAGUAAAAUUUUGUUUUGUUACCAUUUUCAUCCACGUUUAUUAUUCAUAUCACAACAAAAGAAGAGUAAUUGUUGUUGAAAUAACUUUUUGACGAAAACAAAGUAGAGCUCUGAGGUUUUCAUCAUUCAAAACAAGAGAUAAAUCUGCAUCGAAUCUUUUCGUUUACAUAUUCAUCACAAUCUUUGCCAGGUGUUCAGCUACGUUUUUCAAAAACUUGACUCUUUUCGCAUUUUUUGAUAAAAGGCCAAUUUUGUUUUUGAAAAAUGUCAUGUUUUCCAGAAAACGCGACUCAACACUCUGAUAAAACUUGUUAUGAAUAUGUGAAAGAAGAGAUUCUAUGCAGAUUUAUAUGUUCUUUCGAAUGAUGAAAACCGCAGAGCUCUAUCUUGUUUCUGUUACAAGUUAUUUCAAAAAUACUUACUCUUCUUUUGUUCUGAUAUGAAUAAUAAACAUAGAUGAAACUGGUAACAAAAAAAAUUUCAACUGUUUCCUUUUGAUAUACUUUUCGUACUUCAAACUGCAUUUCUUGUUCAACGUUAAUAUAUCACAAAAUGCAGCGCGUUUGAAGCUUUCUCCGUAUAUAUAGGAAGGUAAAAAAUAAAAGCAGUCUAAUGAUAAAAAAGAGAAGAGGAAAGUCAAUCGGUGCGCACUGUAUAUCUCGAUAAACAUUGAUAUUGAUUAUUCUCGAAAGUUAUAGCAUGAUCGAUUCACAUUUUUUCUGUUGAUCAUAUAAUGGCUGUGAAAAAUAAAUAUAUCAUUAGCCAUUAUUAUUGGCAUCUUGAAUAUAAACUUUUAUCUGGGUAAACAUGCGAACCUGCAUUAUUUACAACAUUUACAAACGUAUUUCAGUCAUCGAAAUUGCGUGGAAGGCUUUUGAAUAUUCUAGAAUAGUCUAAGUCUUUCUGUUCAAACUGUUUAACAUCUUUUUAUUUUACUAAAAAACUCUGAAAAAGGAGUUUGACGUCUGUUGUCUUAUGUU